AUGAGCGACAUAGCUGAUCUCACAGCUAAGACAUACGAGAUAACGCGAUUGAUACCUUAUGGCAAAGUGACGAGUUAUGGUCAUAUAGCUAAAUUAGCAGGAUAUCCCACUUAUUCAAGGCACGUAGGAAACGCUCUUAAAGCUUUACCGUCAAAUACCGAUGUACCUUGGCAACGAGUGAUCAGUUCCAAAGGACUCAUAUCUCCAAGAGCAGAUUUAGGUCUAGGUGUAGCGCGACAGAAAGACAGAUUGGAACAAGAAGGAGUAGAAGUAGAAACUUUAAUGGGUGGUGGUGAGAAAGUGGAUCUAAGAAGAUGGGGUUGGUUUCCCGAAUCAUUAGAUGACUUAUAG